AUGGAGGUGGCCACUGACCAGCCUCGCUGGAUGGCCCACCACGCCGUGCUCAACGGGCAGCACCCCGAGAGCCACCAUCCCGGACUGGCUCACAACUACAUGGAACCAGCGCAGCUCCUACCUCCGGAUGAAGUCGAUGUCUUCUUCAACCACCUGGACUCCCAGGGCAACCCCUACUAUGCCAAUUCCGCUCAUGCCAGGGCCAGGGUCUCCUACAGUCAGGCACACGCCCGCCUGACCGGGAGUCAAAUGUGCCGGCCUCAUCUUAUACACAGUCCCGGGAUCCCUUGGCUGGACAGCAGCAAGGCGGCACUGUCUGCCCAUCACCAUAACCCCUGGACCGUCAACCCCUUCACCAAGACACCUCUGCAUCCUUCGGCGGCCGGGGCGCCGGGCGCCAUCUCCGUGUACCCUGGCAGCAGCACGUCCAGCACCGCCUCUGUGUCUUCGCUAACCCCCGCCUCGCAUUCCGGAUCCCACCUCUUCGGCUUCCCCCCGACCCCUCCCAAGGAAGUGUCUCCGGACCCCAACUCCACCAGCGCUGCUUCCCCUUCGUCCUCCACCGGGGCCCGGCAGGAGGACAAAGACAGCAUCAAGUACCAAGUGUCACUUUCAGAGGGGAUGAAGAUGGAGAGCGCCAGCCCGCUCAGAAGCAGCCUCACCAGCAUGGGGGCCCAGCCCUCCACACACCACCCCAUCCCCACCUACCCUUCCUACGUGCCAGCCGCCCACGACUACAGCAGCAGCCUCUUUCACCCCGGCAGUUUCCUGGGGGGCCCCGCAUCCAGCUUCACCCCCAAGCCGCGGAGCAAGGCCAGGUCCUGUUCGGAAGGCAGAGAGUGUGUAAACUGCGGAGCAACUGCCACCCCUCUCUGGAGAAGAGACGGCACCGGGCAUUACCUGUGUAACGCCUGCGGGCUCUACCACAAAAUGAAUGGUCAAAACCGACCUCUCAUUAAACCCAAGCGAAGGCUGUCAGCGGCUAGGAGAGCAGGGACUUGCUGUGCCAACUGUCAGACAACCACCACAACCUUAUGGCGACGUAAUGCAAACGGGGACCCAGUUUGUAAUGCCUGCGGACUCUACUAUAAACUGCACAAUGUGAACAGGCCUCUGACCAUGAAAAAGGAAGGAAUUCAGACCAGGAAUAGGAAAAUGUCCAACAAAUCAAAGAAAAGCAAGAAAGGCUCUGAGUGUUUUGAGGAACUGUCCAAGUGCAUGCAGGAGAAAUCGUCUCCCUUCAGUGCUGCUGCCCUUGCUAGUCACAUGGCACCCAUGGGGCAUUUGCCACCUUUCAGCCACUCUGGACACAUCCUACCAACACCUACCCCUAUCCACCCAUCUUCCAGCAUCUCAUUUGGACAUCCACACCCAUCCAGCAUGGUUACAGCCAUGGGAUAAAACGUGAUGACCAAGAGGCCCAUCCAGAGAUUGAGAGCAUGGGGCUUUGCCUACGAUGAUGCCAAGUAAGAAAAUAUUCUGCCAAAAGGAGAAUGUAGGGAUCUGUGCUCCCAUGUGGUUUAACUCUUAAUGCUGGACUGAAACCUUGCAAAUGACGGGUCUUCUGCAGAAAUGUGUAGGUGCCUGUAAUGCACUUUGCCCCCUCAGGUAUAAGAAAAAUGAACUCACCUGUUUGAUACUUAAUGGUCCAGCAGGAAGCAAAAGGUGGCAGAAACUGAAGGAAAAGGCUCGGAACUGGCUUUCCUUUCUCUCUUUUUGUUAUUACUGUGAAUACUGUAAAGAGAUAUAAGCAGCCUCCCAGGAUGGAAUCGGCUCCCUUGAAGCCAGACGUGCUGGAUUUCUAUCAUGAACUUUGUUUGGAAUGGGGGGGAAAAAAAAAGAGAAAGAAAAAAGGAAAAAAAAAAUAAAAAAGGAAAAGGACAUCUUUAUAAAAAUGUAAUUUUUAAAAUGAAAUCAGACACAAAUUCAUAUUUAUUUUGUUCUUAUUUUUCACAAAAAGCCUCAACCCCUCUGACUGCAUGUUUUUAUGCUGUUAUUUGCAAUGGCUACCCUGUAAGAAAACUUGCCUUCAAAACAAGGGAGAGGGUGGGGAAACGUAUUUGGCUCCAUCUACCCUUCUCCAUCUACCAUUAGCUCCAUCUACCUUCUCUACCAAAAUGCCUGCUACGAAGGGGAAAAUACUUGGGGCUGAAGGGGAACAAAGCAAACAUGUAGCCGUAAUAUGGGAUUUUAAUAUGCCCCAAAAUGGUGAUGAUUUUGACACAACUUCUUCAUUAUUUCCCCCAACAUGAAAGAGUUCUUUUAAAAAAAGCAGCCCCUUUCCCUGUUCCUCAAAGUAGAUCAAAAAAUGAGACAAACUCUUGGGGAAAAACUCGAGGAAGCCAAUCCUGUACUAGCAAGGGGUGAGAUACAAACUUUUACCAAAAUCUGUGUCACAGCUAACUUUCUAGCACAGCAAAAACCACCACAGGGCAUAAAAGCAUCCAACUUGCAGGCUUUAGAGGUUGAAGCAUUUUGUUCUGUUGUGUUGGCAGCUGUCGCUUAAAAAUGCAGAUUAGCUGCUUGGGUAAACUUAAGGCAGUGUGGCCACCACGUCCGCACGCAGCCCGCCAGCGCGUGUGCUGUCUCAGGCAUCCAGGCCCCGGUGGACUUCACAGGGAGGAAGGGCAGAAAUGAGGUUGAAAUCACUGGAGAGGGGAAAGAGAGAGACAAUCAGUUUGAGCUUCACACAUCCGUCAAAUCCCAGACGCAGCGACAGCUGAUGAGACAAGGGAAAGCAUCGUUCUAAGGGGAACGUCCUUUUCCAUAGUGUAUUUUAUAUGAAGAAAAAAGACAAAAGACAAAAAAAAUCUAAAUCUCCCAUUAUUAAACCAUAUUGUACGUAAAGGACUGAAAACAAAGCUAUUGCCAAUGUGAAGUGUAUUCUAUUGAUUGUUAUGAUCUGAUGCCUCUCGUGAACACAAGCUCCAGUAUAACAUACAAUGUACAUAUUUAGCUAUACUUCUGAUGAAAAUGCCCCAAUGAACAGAGGGGUUUGAUAAUGUAAACCACGUAAGCUUAAC